AUGGCAACGAGAUACUCAACACUGAGUUAUUGCUGGGGAAAAGACCAAGGGCACAAACUGACAGUCUCAUCAUUUGAAAUACUCGAAACAGGGCUUGCUAUCUCGGAGUUACCAAGAACGUUACAAGACGCCAUUUUAUCGAGUUGGAAUCUUGACGUAAAAUUCAUCUGGAUAGACUGCCUCUACAUCUUCCAGGACGAUGAGAAAGACUUGGCUCGCGAAAUCGCAGAUCUGCCUGCUAUUUUCGGCAAUGCCUAUAUCACCAUUUGCGCGAGCCGAGCAGGGGAUAGCCGGGAAGGCUUUCUCGAUCCUAUAUCUCGCCCACCUGUAGACAGCCUUGUGUUCAGUCUUCUUUAUAUCUGUCUAGAUGGUAGGUUGUGCUCAGUUGUGUGCUAUCCUCGUAGUGGGAAUCCAGUCCACUCACGUGCUUGGACUUUCCAAGAGUAUAUGCUAUCAACACGGAUCUUAGAAUAUACAUCAUCAGGACUUGUAUGGAUGUGUCGAGAAACAGGACAGCAUCAAGAAGAGGAGGAAACGUCUUAG